GACCAAUGGGCGGCCGGACCCCCCCCCCCCUGAUAUAAAUAAGGCAUAGAAAUAUUCUUGAGGGAGACAGUUGUUCACUUGCGCGCCGCUGGAGGAGGAUUUUUAUUGACGCGCGUCCGGAAUCCAGUCCACCUGCACCGGUGAAUUGCGUCCUCGCUGGGAGAUCAGAUAGUAUACCAAAAAAAAACAAAAAACGGGUGAGUGAUGGCCGCGUCAGAACCGAGAGCCACCGGCGGGGACCUGCAGGACCCCAACACCGCCAACCUGAGACCCUCAUCCACAACCAACGAGUAUGCGUGGGUGCAUGGAUGCACACGGAAACUGGGCAUGAAGAUUUGUGGGUUCCUGCAGAAGAACAACAGCCUGGAGGAGAAAGGGAGGCUGGGGCAGAAGAACCUGCUGUCCUGCGACAACAGUGACCGGGACGCCCGGUUCCGACGCACCGAGACCGACUUUUCCAACCUGUUCGCCCGGGACUUGCUGCCCGCCAAAAACGGAGAAGAGCCGACCAUGCAGUUUUUGCUGGAGGUGGUCGACAUCCUCACCAACUACGUGAAGAAGACCUUCGACCGCUCCACCAAGGUGCUGGACUUCCACCACCCACAUCAGCUCCUGGAGGGCAUGGAGGGCUUCAACCUGGAGCUGUCCGACCAGCCCGAGUCCCUGGAGCAGAUCCUGGUGGACUGCAGGGACACGCUCAAAUAUGGCGUCCGUACCGGUCACCCCCGCUUCUUCAACCAGUUGUCCUCAGGCCUGGACAUCAUCGGCCUUGCCGGGGAGUGGCUCACCUCCACCGCCAACACCAACAUGUUCACCUACGAGAUCGCGCCAGUGUUUGUUUUGAUGGAGCAGCUGACCCUGAAGAAGAUGAGAGAGAUGAUCGGCUGGUCCGGCGGAGAGGGAGACGGCCUUUUCUCACCAGGGGGCGCCAUUUCCAACAUGUACAGUGUGAUGAUCGCGCGUUACAAGUACUUCCCGGAGGUCAAAACCAAGGGCAUGUCGGCGGCCCCCCGCCUGGUCCUCUUCACGUCUGAACAUAGCCAUUACUCCGUAAAGAAGGCCGGGGCUGCCCUGGGUUUUGGCACCGAGAACGUGAUUCUGUUGAGCACGGACGAAAGGGGGAGGGUCAUUCCCGCCGAUCUGGAGGCCAAGAUUAUCGACGCCAAACAGAAGGGUUACGUCCCGAUGUUUGUCAACGCCACGGCUGGCUCCACCGUCUACGGAGCCUUUGACCCAAUCAAUGAGAUCGCCGACAUCUGCGAGAAGUACAACCUGUGGCUGCAUGUGGAUGGAGCGUGGGGCGGCGGGCUGCUGAUGUCCAGGAAGCACCGCCACAAGCUCAGCGGAAUCGAGAGGGCCAACUCCGUCACAUGGAACCCCCACAAGAUGAUGGGUGUGCCCCUGCAGUGUUCGGCCAUCCUGGUCAGAGAGAAGGGACUGAUGGGAGGGUGCAACUCCAUGUGUGCCGGUUAUUUGUUCCAACCGGACAAGCAGUACGACGUCACGUACGACACCGGCGACAAAGCCAUCCAGUGUGGUCGCCAUGUGGACAUAUUCAAGUUCUGGCUCAUGUGGAAGGCCAAGGGCACCAUUGGGUUCGAGCAGCACAUCGACAGAUGCUUGGAUCUGUCCCAGUACCUGUACAACAAGAUCAAGAACAGAGAGGGCUACCAGAUGGUGUUUGAUGGAGUGCCCCAACACACCAACGUCUGCUUCUGGUACAUUCCACCCAGCCUGAGGGGGAUGCCGGAGAGCGAGGAGAGGCGGGAAAAGCUCCACAGGGUGGCACCAAAGAUUAAGGCCCUGAUGAUGGAUUCGGGGACCACCAUGGUGGGCUACCAGCCUCAGGGUAACAAGGUCAACUUCUUCCGCAUGGUGGUCUCCAACCAUGCGGCCACUCAGUCCGACAUCGACUUCCUCAUCGAGGAGCUGGAGAGGCUGGGUCAGGACCUGUAGACCGCCCGGCGUUUCUACGGCGCGGCUUUCGGACUGCCCCCCACCUGAAAAGAACUCAACGGCAAGACCGCAACCCUCCAACCCCCUUCCCCCAUUUGUCCUCCUCCAGGUGUAACCCGCGUAGUUCCAGGUAACCGAUGGACGCGAGCCGGGUAUUCCUUGUACUUGCGUCGUGUUCAAUCGUGUGUCGUUCGAUGUAGAUUGUGGUUCGAUACGCAGGGGAAAAAAAAGCACAGAUCUCGCAAAGUAUCGCCAGAGGAUUUUUCAAACCACAUGUACAUAGUGUUUAGUAUGAUAUUUAUCGAAGAUUCUAAUGAAUUUGUACGAUGAUCCGAAACUCGUUGUCCUUGCGCGUUUAAAGGAUCUCUGCUCCUACGAAAAGCGACGGGCGUCAGUAAGCGGGUGUAGUGGUCUCGUUGUUGAGACGGACGGAAGGGUUGCCAGAGGUUCGGUUGCAAGACCGGUAUCAACCUGUGAGCCUCAUGUGGAUUUAGGAAGGGGCUAAAUGUUUGAAACCUUAAGAGAAAGUUACGUAUUUAAGGCCGAUAAUAACGAGGGGUGUCCCAAUCCGAUUUAGGCUAUCGGUGUGAUAUCAGCGAAAAUGGUAUCAAAUGAUAUCCGUUAGCAUCUAAAAUGUUGUGCAAAGCUGGACACUAGUGAUGUGCGGAUCGAUACCGGGGUAGAGCGGAAUAUACAAUAGGUCAGGAAAAAACACAGAGGCUGUAUCAUCCCUACAAGCCUUUUUCGCAGGAAACCUGCGAAACACACACAUAUACAUAUAUAUACAAUAUAUAUAUAUAUAUAU